AUGAAGGAACAGGAUGAAUCAGUGCUUGCAUCUACCAACAUCACACCUCUACAGCAGAUCAUGGCCUCCUCAGCUGGAGCUUUGCUUACAUCACUGUUUGUGACACCUCUGGAUGUUGUCAAGAUUCGACUUCAGGCUCAAAACAGGCCCUUUACCAAAGGGAAGUGCUUUGUAUAUUGCAACGGUCUCAUGGACCAUCUCUGUGUAUGUGAGAAUGGAAACAGCAAAGCGUGGUAUAAGGCACCACCCAGAAGAUUCACAGGAACAGCGGACGCAUUUGUCCAGAUUGUUAGGAAUGAAGGAGUGCGAUCCCUCUGGAGUGGACUUCCUCCAACACUAGUAAUGGCCAUACCGGCUACGGUCAUCUACUUCACCUGUUAUGACCAACUGCGAGACUUACUGAUCCAUCGCGUGAAUAAUGCCGAAACUGCGUCCCUCAUCUCUGGAGCCACUGCCAGAUUGGGCGCAGUAACUUUAAUAAGUCCAUUGGAACUGGUCAGGACCAAGAUGCAAUAUCGGCCUCUGUCAUAUUGGGAGCUGAGACAGUGCAUUGAGAUUUCUGUGGCCAAUGAUGGCUGGUUGUCUCUCUGGAGAGGGUGGGGCCCCUCUGUGCUGAGAGACGUCCCAUUCUCUGCAAUGUACUGGUACAACUAUGAGUUUGGCAGGAAGUGGCUGUGUCAGAGAUACAACAAGCUGGAGCCAACAGUUCCUAUCAGUUUUACAGCCGGCGCCAUGUCUGGUUCGAUUGCUGCAUUUGUAACUUUACCAUUUGAUGUUGUGAAAACUCGAAGACAAAUAGAACUUGGGGAGCUGGAGGCAAUGAAUAAGUCUCCAAAAAGAUCCUCAUCAACCUGGAACAUGAUGAUGAGGAUCAUAUCUGAGAAUGGCUUCAAGGGGCUAUAUGCUGGUCUUUUGCCUCGUCUGAUGAAAGUCGCUCCAGCAUGCGCCAUAAUGAUUAGCACUUAUGAAUUUUGGAAGGCCUUUUUCCGCAAGUUAAACAAGGAACGGCAGCUGAAAGCGUUGUGA